AGUGUAUCAAGCUAGCACCCGCCAUACUUUCCCCCCCCGGACGAAAUUUGAAGCUUCAAGCGAGCAAGACGGGCAACUAAACAAACUGUGGUUUCGGAAUUCAACGAUCAAUCCCUUCCACUCUCUUCGCAUCGCACUCCUUAACCGACCGCCACCAUUAAUCGCCGUAACUCAACCUCCCAACAAACGGCAAUAACCCAUCAUGUCGUCGUACAUCGUCUAUCCCUCCGUCAUGACCACGGGCAACGUUUUCGUUCCUCAGGUGACGACCUACACGGGAUCUCAAAUUCCCGCUCCGCCUCCCCCUCCGCCCCCUCCACCUCCUCCCUCACCAAUCUUCCUCCCGACAAAUGCAAUCACCUUCAUCGGCGGGCCGCCCGCCCCGCCUCCGCCUCCUCCUGCCCCCGCGCCUGCCCCCGCGCCUGCGCCCACGGCAAUCUGCUUCGGCAUGCCAGUGCCGACCGUCACGACAUUUGCGAUCUACGCGCUGCCGCCGCCUCCGCCUCCUCCUCCUCAGCCUGCUCCGGCCGCGCCUGUGGUCACGAUGGGGCUGCCUUUGAGGCUUGCGCCCUAAGAUGGUCAGUCUAGACUGGUUGCGACACAGGGGUUGUGGUUAGGCAGAUAUUCUUAUUCAUUUUUGGGGAUGGGGCCUGGCGGAUCCGGUGAAGAGGAAUUUGGAGGUAUGUCAGGGAGGUUGGCUAGAGGAAGCAUCGCUUUAUUCUUUGGCAAGGAGGAGGUGAUGGGUAAGCCAGAGUUUGCGAUCAGGGAAGGAAGGCAUGGAAAUAUCUCCGGGCGAAGGGCUCGACGGCUACCUGGUGUGCAUAUUCUUCGGAGAGCUAAAGCAAGUCGGCCCAGGUGACGUGGUGCGAUGCUAAUCAGCCUUACGAUCAUGGUUUUGUGACGUUCUGAGUUGCUGGUGGGAGUGUGAUUUCCUAUCCAUCAUGGAGCACAACAGUUGCCUCGAAUGGUAAGAUUG